AUGUCCUUUCAGGAUUGGUGUACUGUUGUGGAUCUACAGCAAAUGUCAUGUGAUAACAGUAUAGAUUCCUCUAUCAGUCAGGGUUUAAGUAAACCUAGUUUUUCAAAAUAUAAAAAGAGAAAUUAUUUUUACCCGGUACACACUAGAACAAAAGCGAUAGAGGUAUUUCAAAAAACUGUUGAAGAUAAGUUGAGGACAUUACAUGAAAAAGUCACCAAAAAACGACAUUAUAUCUCAUUUAAUUUAACGCAUAAAGAAAGAUUAGCAUUACAGAAAUUGGAGAAUAAUGCCAAUAUCACAAUAAGGCCAUCUGAUAAGGGGGGCAAUGUUGUUGUGCUUAACACCGAUGAUUAUGUAACAGAGGCAAUAAGACAACUAUCUGACAAUGAAGUAUAUAUUAAACUAAAAGAAAAUCCUACUUCAUCCUAUAGGAAGGAAUUAUUUAAAAUCAUACAAGUGUUAAAGCACAACAAUAUUGUAGACAUAGAAAUAAGUGAAAACUUAAUUCCACAACAUCCUGUCACACCAAUAUUUCAUAUGUUCCCAAAAAUACAUAAAAGCAUGGACAGUCCCCCUGGGCGUCCCAUUAUUGCGGGAAUAGAUUCCCUUAACGAACCUCUGUCAAAACUAAUUGACACAUUUUUGCAGCCUUUGGUCAAACAGUUACCCAGCUACAUCCAAGACACUACUGCUUUAUUAAACAAAUUAAAACAAACAAAAUGGAAAGCAACUUAUAAAUUUUGUGCAGUGGAUGUGUCCUCUUUGUACACUUCUAUUUCACAUAUAAAGGGUAUGAUGGCUAUGGAUAACAUGUUUGACCUUUUUGGGAAAUUUGAGCCCAUAGUGAAACACUUUCUUCUUAUGGGAGAAGUAAAUUCAAUGAGUAUUAAAUUUCUGGAUUUAGAAAUUACAGGUGACAAUGUCACUGGAGAGAUAAAUACCACACUAUAUAGGAAAGCGACAUCAGGAAACACGACAUUAGAGUACAACUCAUGUCACCCUAGACAUGUAAUCAAAGGAAUCCCAAAAGGGGAAUACAUUAGAGCCAAAAGGAACUGUUCUACUGAGGAAUUGUAUCAAGAACAGGCACAAAUCAUUACUACACGAUUAAUUGAACGAGGUUAUAAGGCAGAUCUUUUGAAGAAAAUAAAACAUGAGGCAGUGGAGCUGGUAAUCAUUACUGACUUUCCUAUAUACAGAGGCAGGGAUUCUACAACUCUGAGCAUGGAGGUGACUAAGGCUGAUGUAUUCAAGCUGCUGUCAGAAUUUGAACAGUCCAUAUGCGAGAGAAUUGAUGGCUUUGUGUCUAAGCUAAGAGACACGCGCAUGGAGAUGGCCCGACUUGCCACAGGGGCGUCUACCGGGCCCAACGAUCAGAGGAAAGAAGUUCAGCCGAGCGAACAAGCAAAUGAGGAUGAGGUUAUCGAUGAAGCGCAACAUAGUUAUUCGGAGUCCACAUCACCUGCCUCCGCAUACACCGUGGGAGGUGCGGCCGAUAUCUGGCAAGAGGCCGGCGGAUCACUCUCGGUGGCUGCUGUGAUCACAGAACUCUCCGAGGAUCACAUCUCCAGACAGCCAAUCUCUCCAGCUCAAAUAAGGUUUGGGUGUCUUAAAAUAAAAAUACUUUCUCUCUUUCUAGAAGAAAAAAGGCUCUGCAGUGAAGAGAACUAUUUUUCAGUAGUCAUUGCCAAGGAGAAAAAUAUCAUUUGGAAUGGAAUGAAUUUGCCAAAUGACCACUACGUAGCAAGACGACUGCGUAUUGCAAAAGGAAGUAACUUCUGUAUAAGUGGCAGUAAACAAAAAUACUGUUUUGAUGAGCAGAAUACAAUAAAAUCAGAAGAGCUGUUUACCCCUAGGAAUAAAAACCUGAGAUCACACAGAAUGCUUCUUGUGGGAGGUGCUGGGGUAGGAAAGACUUGUCUGUGCAAAUGGCUUCUAAAGAAAUGGGCAAGUGGAGGAGAACUCUCAUAUACAUGUGUUUUGUAUUUAUCCCUUAAGCAGUGUGACAAGAAACAAAUCAGUGUGAAAGAUCUGUUAGAUCAGAAGUGUAAGGCAGCAUCUGCAAUUCUACAAAAUAACCCACGUGAUUUGCUGCUUAUACUGGAUGAUAUUGAUGGUCUGUACUGUGAUGAGGAUAAAACGUCAGACUCAGCUGAUGACAUCAAUACAUCAUUGGAGUUAAAGUCACUGGUGACAAAAAUUAUCACCAAACGUUUUCUCCCUGACACAGAUGUGCUGAUUGUGUCCUGUGUGGAGUCAAUGAGUAAACUACAAAAACAUUGUUCAUUGUCAUUUAUCAUACAAGACUUCAGUGAUGAAGAGACUAUGAACUACUGUAACACAAUCGCAGCAAAACACAAGGAAGCAGAAUAUAUAAUUGAAAAGAUAAAACAAACUGAACUGUCAUAUUUCACAAAAAUGCCUCUUCAAAUGUGCAUUGUAAUUAAUUUCCUGAAUAGCCAAUACAGUAAAAAAAAUAAUUUAAAUACAUUUUACACUGCCAGUGGAGUGUUAAUAUAUCAGUUGCAACAAUGUUUAAAAAAGAUUAAAAAAAAACAAUUUACUGAAGUUGAAUUAAAAAAAAUAUCUGAAUUAUGUUUUGAUAACCUUAUUAGAAGUGAGAAAAUCAAAGGGAAUUUAUAUGAAAAUGUUCUCAUUAAAACCUGGCAUAGCAACAUGUCCAUUUCCGAUCGGUGCAAUAAAUGCAUUGAGUACCAGCAUGAAUUAUUAAGGGACAUGUUAGCUGCUGUACACUGCUCCUGGGAAAUCCAAUCAGGAGAGGAUGUUAAAGAGUUUCUGAACACCUGGAUAUGUGGGUACGGUGCUAAUGGGAAUACAAUCAACAAACUCUUACAGCCUCUUGUGGAUGAACACCAUGCAAGGUUCAAUAACUUCACCAGGUUCCUCAUGGGACUUUUGCAUUACCCUGAUUAUGACAGUCUGGUCAAUAACUGCCCUAUGAUGAAGAACAAUAUCAGAGAGAGUCUUGUGGACUGGUUCAGAUCUAAAAUUAAUUUGGAAAACCAGGAUCUGCUUAAACUCUUCCACUGCUUAUUUGAGCUUCAUGAUGAGCAAGUUACAAGCACAGUAUCAGAUAGGUUAAAAACUAUAAACUUGUGCAACAUCCCACUGAGUGCCUUAGACAUACAAGCCCUGAAGUACUGCUUGGAAAACUCCAUCUUGGAGGAAACUGACCUGCGACUGUGUGGGCUGAGAGAUGAAGAUGUAGCUCAAUUACAAAACAUAAUGAAGAACACCAAAUGUAUCAGGAUCGGUGGCAACCAUCUGACGGAAAUAUCUGGACUUAUACUGAGCAAAGUCCUGAUGGAUUCAAACUGUGUCAUUGAAAAGUUAGCAUUGGGGAACAAUACGUUGGGGACAUCUGGAGUAGAAGCCCUAUUGGAAGCUUUGGAACACAACACGACCCUGCAACAUUUGUAUCUAUAUUUCAAUGGAAUUGGGGGAAAUAGCAUCAAACAAAUGUUGAUGAGUUUGGAAAAGAACAAUACACUGAAGGAACUAGUGUAA